GGGCGCCGAGGCCACACCCGCCGCCGGGCGCCGAGGCCACACCCCGCCGGGAGGGGGCGCCUCCUGCUGGGGGAGGUACCGCCCGCGGCGCCGCCGACCGCAGUCCAGCCGCAGCGCGCCCAACCAGGCCGCGCUCCUUCCGACGCCGGUCCCUGCUCGCCGCGCCCCUGCCGAGACCCCGCGCCAUGGCCGGCAUCGCGGCCAAGCUGGUGAAGGACCGAGAGACGGCCGAGGGGCUGGGCUCGCACGAGAAGUCCAUUAAGUACCUCAACCAGGACUACGAGGCGCUGCGGGACGAGUGCCUGGAGGCCGGGACGCUCUUCCAGGACCCCUCCUUCCCGGCCAUCCCUUCCUCCCUGGGCUUCAAGGAGCUGGGACCCUACUCCAGCAAGACGCAGGGCAUCGAGUGGAAGCGGCCCACGGAGAUCUGCAAUGACCCGCGGUUUAUUAUUGGAGGGGCCACCCGCACGGACAUCUGCCAAGGAGCCCUGGGUGACUGCUGGCUACUGGCGGCCAUUGCCUCCCUCACCUUGAGUGAAGAGGUCCUGGCUCGCGUCGUGCCCCUAGAGCAGAGCUUCCAGGACAGCUAUGCGGGGAUCUUCCACUUCCAGUUCUGGCAGUACGGCGAGUGGGUGGACGUGGUCGUGGACGACAGGCUGCCCACCAAGGACGGAGAGCUACUGUUUGUACACUCCGCGGAGGGCAGAGAGUUCUGGAGCGCACUGCUGGAGAAGGCCUACGCCAAGGUCAACGGCUGUUACGAAGCACUCUCGGGGGGCGCCACCACCGAGGGCUUUGAGGACUUCACGGGGGGCAUCGCCGAGUGGUACGAGCUCAGGAAGGCUCCUCCCAACCUGUUCAGGAUCAUUCAGAAGGCUCUGCAGAAAGGCUCCCUCCUCGGUUGCUCCAUCGAUAUCACCAGCCUGGCAGACUCCGAGGCCAUCACGUUCCAGAAGCUGGUGAAGGGGCACGCGUACUCCGUCACCGGGGCCGAGGAGGUUGAGAGUGGGGGAAGCCUGCAGAAGCUGAUCCGCAUCCGCAACCCCUGGGGAGAGGUGGAGUGGACCGGGAAGUGGAGUGACGGCUGCCCCAACUGGAACACUGUGGACCCCGAGGUGAGGGAGCAGCUGACCCAACGGCAGGAGGACGGGGAGUUCUGGAUGUCUUUCAGCGACUUCCUGAGACACUACUCCCGCCUAGAGAUUUGCAACCUGACCCCCGACACCCUCACCAGCGAAUCCUACAAGAAGUGGAAACUCACCAAGAUGGACGGGAACUGGAGACGGGGCUCCACCGCGGGAGGCUGCCGAAACUACCCGAACACUUUCUGGAUGAACCCUCAGUACCUGAUCAAGCUGGAGGAGGAGGACGAGGACCAGGAGAACGGGGAGAGCGGCUGCACCUUCCUGGUGGGUCUCAUCCAGAAGCACCGGCGAAGGCAAAGGAAGAUGGGCGAGGACAUGCACACCAUCGGCUUUGGCAUCUAUGAGGUCCCAGAGGAGAUGUACGGACAGACCAACAUCCACCUCAGCAGGAACUUCUUCCUGACACACCGAGCAAGGGAGCGGUCCGACACCUUCAUCAACCUGCGUGAGGUGCUCAACCGCUUCAAGCUGCCCCCGGGAGAGUACAUCCUGGUGCCGUCCACCUUCGAGCCCAACAAGGACGGGGACUUCUGCGUGCGCGUCUUCUCGGAGAAGAAAACCGACUACCAGGUUGUCGAUGACGAGAUCGAGGCCAACCUUGACAAGAUAGACGUCAGUGAGGACGACAUCGAGGACGGGUUCAGGAGGCUGUUUGCCCAGCUAGCAGGCGAGGACGCAGAGAUUUCCGCCUUUGAGCUGCAGACCAUCCUGAGGAGAGUGUUGGCCAAGCGCCAGGACAUCAAGUCGGAUGGCUUCAGCAUCGAGACCUGCAAAAUCAUGGUGGACAUGCUGGACUCAGAUGGUAGCGGGAAGCUAGGGCUGAAGGAGUUCUACGUUCUCUGGACGAAGAUCCAGAAGUACCAGAAAAUUUACCGGGAAAUCGACGUGGACCAGUCGGGCACCAUGAACUCCUAUGAGAUGCGGAAAGCAUUAGAGGAAGCUGGCUUCAAGCUGCCCCGUCAGCUCCACCAGGUCAUCGUUGCUCGCUUUGCGGACGAUGAGCUCAUCAUCGACUUCGACAAUUUCAUCCGCUGUCUGGUUCGACUGGAAACACUGUUCAGGAUUUUUAAGCAGCUGGACCCCGAGAACACCGGGACCAUACAGCUGGACCUCAUCUCUUGGCUCUGCUUUUCAGUCCUCUGAAGUCAUAACGGAUCCCCCUGAAGACAAGCAGCCGAGCACUAGGCCUCCACAGAGAAACUUUUUAUCUGGACCUUGCAAUUACGGGAACAUUUACUUAAACAGAUGAUUAUAGCUGAAAAUAAAGAUGCUUUUUGAGAUAGAACUUCCAGAUUUCAAAGUAAAAGAUUUGCAUAUCAUGAUAUUAAACGCCAGCGAGUCACUUAACCCUUGGUAAGCUCAAAGAAACUCUGAAAUCUGUUACCUAGUCUACUUUUACACACUUUCCCGUUUGUAGCAAUAUUCAACCAGGGAAACAACGCAGGGAGGUAUUUUAACAGCUGCCAUGAGUGAAGUUCGUCUCCAAGGACACAAGGACGCUGCUGGGAAUAUUUAAAGCAACUUCAGGUUUAAAAUUGCAGUGGUGACAUUGACCCAAGAGCAGCCCGUGUCCCCGGAGUAAAACGGAAAACAGGAUGCAUCGCGGAGGGGCCGAGAAGACCCCACUCCACCACGUGACUCGCCCGGGUACCCACGUGUCCUAGCCCAAACCCUGAGCAGCCUGCUCUCAGACGGGGAGCGUCCCAGCUGCUCAAGGGAGUUGGCUCUGGCUUAGCCACCUGAAGCGAGCACAAAUGCAGGGGCCCGGGUCCGAUCAUGGUCAAGGACAGAACCUGCUGUCUGCCGUCCGGACGUCACCCCGCCCUGCUUGUGCGUGGAGUCAGGAGGGACAUGGCGUGGGAGCUGGUCCCCUGGCUCCACCCUGGGAAAACGCUAGCAGCAUUAUGAAAAUACCGCCUACUUGCCUUAUCUUCUUCCGAAUGUGCUGUUAAUAAAGAGUCGCCCAGACAGUC